UGAGGCGCGCAAUCCGCUAUCACGACAAGGUUCCACUGGUGUGGUUGUGGCGCGCUCGCAGUACAAAUGGAAUAUGCUUGGAGAAAUAAGAAAGGGCUAUUUUAGGUCUAAGGGUGUGCACGUUGUUGCACUUUGACGUUGUACUCUUAUGCCCUAAGCACACUGAAAACAAAACUAUUAAGGUGCUUCCGACAACGCCUGGGUUCUGUUUAAUCUCAGUCUAAAUCCAGCGAUGUGUUGCUAAGAGCAGGAAUCUUCUGUUCUACAUUAAUAGAUUUGUGGAUUCUCUUCGUUUAUUGACAUCAACUUAUCUGAAUAACUCAAGUAUGACAGCAAUAUUUGAGCUAACUAUCUUUACCUUGGCCGUUUUCGCUACUUUAAUACGUCCUCGUCCUUCUGCUGUUAUAGGCAGUCAUUAUUCUCGCGUGGUAAGAACUAAGUUCGGAUCCGUACGGGGAUUCACAAAGACAUUUUCGAACGAACAGUUAAGCCCCGUCGAGGUGUUCCUAGGCAUUCCUUACGCUAGUGCUCCAUCAGGGUCGCUCCGCUUCAUGCCACCCAUCAACCCAUCUUCUUGGAGAGGAGUGCGAACUGCUGAUCGAUUUGGUCCUUCCUGUCCACAGAGAUAUCCAGAUAUCCGGAAUACUACAGAAGCCCUGAAAAGAAUGACACCCGGACGCCUGGCUUAUCUUCGACGGCUUCUUCCUUUUCUUCGUAAUCAGAGCGAAGACUGCUUAUACCUGAACAUUUACUCCCCCACGCGUCGCAGGGAAACGUCUCGAUUUCCAGUGAUCGUGAUAAUUCAUGGGGAGUCCUAUGAAUGGAAUUCUGGGAGCAUCUAUGAUGGCAGCGUGCUUGCUAGUUAUGCAGAAGUUAUUGUUGUAACCUUAAACUUUCGACUAGGAAUCUUAGGAUUUCUCCCGACACUACAAGGAACACACCGAGGAAACUACGGACUCAUGGACCAAAUAGAAGCCCUGCAUUGGAUUAAAGAAAACAUUAUGGAAUUUGGAGGCAAUAAUAACAACGUAACAGUUCUUGGUCAUGGCCAUGGAGCUGCUUUUGUCAAUUUACUAAUGUUGUCUCCAAUGGCUAAAGAUCUCUUUUCAAGAGUAAUCCUACAGAGUGGGUCAGUUCUCAGCCCCUGGGCCACAGCUCCUGAAGCCAUGACUUACACGCGACAUCUAGCGAGAGUUCUUGAUUGUCCAGUUAAAGAUCACGUGCUCUUGGUGGCCUGCAUGAGACAAAAGUCUAUGGCAGACAUUAUGCGAGUUCAGCUGUUGGUUCCUGAGCAUCUGACAGCUUUUGGCCCGAUUGUAGACGGUAUCGUUAUUCCACACGAACCAGAGCUACUGCUGAGAGACUACACAAAACUGUACAGUCAAUAUAAACUGUUAGUAGGAGUGGUUAGAAACGAGUUUUAUCCACAAUUUUCGGCUCGAGAUGAGAAAUAUGGUAUCGAGCCUGACCGAAGAGACAAGCUAAUACGUACUCUCGUCAGAAACGUAUACACUUACCAUCUCCAAGAAAUAUUCCUCACAAUCGUUAACGAAUACACAGACUGGUCUAAAACUGUGCAACAUCCGAUAAACAUACGACAGAACACAGCAAACGCCUUAGGUGAUUCGUUAAUUGUAGCUCCCAUCGUUCGAAUGGCAAACUACCAUUCCAAAGUUAACCCUAGAACAUUCUUCUACGUAUUUGGCCACCAAUCGGAGCAUGGUGAUUACCCAGAAAGAUUAGGAUGUGUUCACGGUGAAGAACUUCCUUAUAUUUUGGGUGCUCCUUUGGUGGACGGAGACUUAUCUUAUUUCCAGAAAAACUUCACUCAUGCUGAGGUAGCGUUGUCCAUGGCAGUAAUGACGUACUGGACAAACUUUGCAAAAUAUGGGGAUCCCAACACUCCUCUGCAUCACCGCGAUGAAACUGAUGACAAAGGAAUUGGUCGUUUCGAACGGUUCGACUGGCCAGUGUAUGAUGCUGUUCAUCAGAAAUACAUUGCCAUAGGAACAAAACCAAAAGUCCGUGACCACUAUCACGCUCACCGAAUGUCGCUUUGGCUUCAUCUCAUCCCCAAAUUGGAUAAAAGCGACAUUAGUGUUCCACCUUAUCACCACUUACUGGAUGACCAUAACAAGCAUGAACUGUACGAUGGCAUAGUUCGCCAGGUACCCGUUCCUCAUAGAUUUCCAGUAGCUACAACAGUUGCACCAGUGUUUCCAGGUUUGCCUUUAUCGACACUCCGCGGUGUUCGGAACACCAGUGCAAGUUCCAGAGCAAUUGAGGACGACCUAUACCCCACCAUGGUAUCUAAUAAAGAAUUCCACCAUACAACUUCUACUAAUGAUUCUGAUACAGUGGCCACUGUCUUAAGACACACGAGCUACUCAACAGCACUCAGUAUCACUAUUGCUGUUGGAUGCUCGCUUCUUAUUUUAAACGUUCUCAUAUUUGCUGGCGUAUUUUAUCAAAGAGAUAAAUACAGAAUUGAAGCGAAACUUCAAAAAAACAAUUAUAAGGUGAAAACACCAAAUGAUACCCUACCACCUCGACAUAAGCACAAGCAAACAAAUCGGGCAACUUCAAUAUCUCCUGGUGCUAUCCAAGAUGUGCCACCACCUCCUCCGCCACCAACACAGAGCCAGCCUAAUGAAAGACCGACUCCUGAAGUUCAACCUCUGCUUCAUCACGGAGAGAACGAUUUCCCUUCUCAACCCAGAAUAAAAACUCAAGAAAUGAAAAUGUAGAAGUCUUUGAUUGUUCUGUAUAAGGUCAACAUUAAAUGUAUAGUUGUUAAUUUUCUUUAAUGAAAAAAGCAGCUAAAUUUGAUUUCAACUUCCAUACUUGUUUUGAACACAAUUCACAGAUAAAAUUAUCCCUUUUGUCUUUCUGAAGUAGGCUUAAUAUGUUAUCUUGUUCGUACUUAUCUUCUCGUAAUGAAACGUUGAAAUCAGAACUUUUUAAAUAAUAUGAUCAUACUUUUCUUACGGUGUUCUUUUCCUGUAAAUAUGUGGAUAUGAAUAAAACGUGGAUUGAGCUGCGGUUUUUAAACGUACAUGAAAUGCACUUUGAUAAUUAUAACAUGAAUAAUUAUAAGACUAGAAAAUAUGUGUUUGUUAACUCAACUUUCUUGGAAUGCGCAUUGCAAUGUUCCAACUUAGUUAAAACUGCAGUAAAACUAUAGCAUGUUAAAAGAAAACUGAAUCUGUAAAUUACACUUUAUUUAUGACAAAAUGUGAAACUACAGUACGUAAAAAGAAAACAAAAAGAAAUAAACAAACUAAAAAUAUACAGAUUUGUUAAGAAACCAAAGAAACAUGGUUUAAACAUAGGUUUAAAGAUAUACAGGGAAUAAAUAAAACGUGGUAUGGUAAAAGAAACAUUCUGUAAAACUACACACUAGUAAACAUAAAAACCAGAAUGUAAAAACGCUACUACAGUAGAUAAGAAAAUAUAAGUGAGAUAUCUUAAUGAGUUGACGUUCAUUAAAAGUAUUUUAAGGACUUUUAGAUGCAUGAACACUAUUUAUCUUGUUCACAACUUCAAAUAUGGUAGCAAAACAAGUGAC